GAAACGACGUGUCGUCAGAAACAAAGCCAUGCCGCCGAGACGAUCCCGGAGAGUCGUGGGAUCUGUCGUCCGAACCACGACGAAGGUAGUGGAAGAAACUGUGGAAGUGACGGUGGUGGAGAAAGAGAGCCAGAAUGCAACGCAAGAGCCUGAGACGGCGGAAACCGCCAGUGGCCCAAAAUUCCGGCGAACCAUUCCGGUGGAGGCUUCGACUCCGGCAUUGGAAUCAUUAGAACCUUCUAUGAAGGUUACAAAGGAUAUCGAAGCGACUCCGAAGUCAGUCGAAGCGACUCCAAAGUUAAAGGCCGACUCCAAGAGGGGAGAUGUUAAGAAGAAAGUAGAAGGAAAAGGGAGGAGCAAGAGGAAAGGCCGUGGGCGCGGCAGGGAAGGGUACAAGAGAUAUUUGUUCAUGGUGUUGAAGCAAGUGCAUCCCGGGAUGGGGAUAUCGGGCCAAGCCAUGGUGAUUCUCGACAAUCUCAUGAACGACAUGUUCGAGAGACUGGUAGAAGAGGCCACCAGGCUCUCCAAAUAUACGGGUAGAAUGACGUUGUCGAGCCGAGAAAUACAAGGUGCGGUGCGGCUGGUGGUUCCCGGCGAGCUGGGGAAGCACGCCAUUGCCGAGGGAACUAAAGCUGUCUCUACCUUCGUCUCUAAUCAUGGAUUACCAAAGCAUUAACUCUUCAUAUUUGGGCAUUUUUGUUGCAAACUUCUCUCUUUUGAUGAUUGUUGUAUUCUAAUUAGUAAUUACUAUAGGGUUACUCACUCUUUUCUUUUUCUUUUUAAAAAUGUAUAUAUGUACUUUUUUCUUAUGAUGGUCUAAUACUUGAAAAAUAAUUAUUUACUUCAAAAACUCUGUAACAUA